CCAUGACCGAAAAAGAACAACAAGAAAAAGAAAACAACGCCCAAUUAUACGAAGCUGACAGCAUUCAAGUUUUAAUGUCUCUCAAAGAAUACACGGAACUAAACCAAACAAAACAAAAACUUUGA